AUGGCGGAGGUGGUGGCGGGGACUCCUCCUAAGAUGACGCGGGAUGAGGCACGCGGGUUGGCUGAAGAGAGGGAAAUUGGGGUGGGGCAGGCGGGAGCCGGCCGCUGGUUGGAUUGGCCUGGAAGCUGCUUCCUUGGCCAGGCCUGCUUGGUGCCAGGCUCCCAGCUGGGAAGGACGUUGAAGACCAGGCGGUGCAACUUCCAAUUUGCAGAUGUGGAAACUGAAGCCCAGAGAGGGUAUGCAGCUUGUCCAAGAUUACACAGCCGGUUAGUGGCCUGCUCGGGACUGACCAUAAGCGCUCCUACUGCCCUUGGCCUUACACGCAGCUUCCCCUUUCAGGAGGAAUUUGCUCAAUAUGAUAAUACCGGUGAGGGCAAACGCAUUUUUAAAGCAGCUGGAAUCCAAUGCUGGGAAGAUCUAUGUUUUGCCACGAAGUUCCAGUCGUUUGGUCUCCCCUGGGUGUGCCGCACACUCGGGCCGUUUGUUUAUUCGGCAGAAGCAGUGAGGUCCAGGCAAGUGAAUGGGGAAAGUGGAAGAGUGGAAGUUAACACGGCCUCGUGGGCUCACGCAGGAGGCACCAGGCAGGACAUAACAGAUGGCCAACAGGCAUAUGAAACGAUGCUCCACAUCAGUGAUCAUCAGGGGAAUGCGUAUCAAAACUACAGCGAGCUAUCACUUUACACCUGUCAGAACGGCCAGUAUCAAAAAGACAAGAAAUAACAAGUGUUGGUGAGGAUAUGGAGGAAAGCAAACCCUCGUGUACUGUUGGUGAGAAUGUAAAUUGGUGCAGAUGCGAUGAAAAACAGUACGAAGGUUCUUCAAAAAAUUUGAAAUAGAAAUACCACAUGAUGUAGCAAUUCCUCUUUGGGGUAUUUAUCUGAAGAAAAUGAAAAUACUAAGAAAAGAUAUACGCACUCCCGUGUUCAUUGCAGCAUUGUUUACAAUAGCCAAUGGAUGGAUGAAUAAAGAAAUUGUAGCAUGUACACACA